UGUUGACUAGAUUUCCAUUAAAAGAAAACAUAAGCCCAAUGAGCAGUACAAUGAGUUUCAGCCUAUACAUAAAGAGUCCAACGGAUUACAACUAAGUUUACAAUAAAACCCAAAUGCAAAAGUGAUUAAUCUUUAUCAACUCGGCUACGCGUCCACUCUAAUCAAAGUGACAAACAUGUGCCUCUACACGUGGCAAGCAUGCAUCUCCUAGGUUAACCUAUCGCCGGAAUGUUGCUUCGCCAUGAAAUCGCUUUCCGAUUUUACAUCUUUGCCAUAAUUCGAGCCUCUCCGAUUAGAUGUCGAAACCCAAUGAGUAGCUUCUCUAUCUGCAAUUCCUCUCCCAUCCUCAGCCUUCAUCAGCUUCCAAAACGAGUGCAUCUGUUUCUCCGGAAAGCUCAGCCAGUAGAAGCCUCGUCCACUAAAGAUUACGAGUCCUAAUCAGUGAGAUAUUACCCGGUUGAGAAGAUGAAUACAAUUGAGUAGAGGCUAGAUAGACUAAGAUGAUGAAGCCGAGAGCCACCGGCCCUUUAUACUCCGAUUAGAAUCAACGUUUUUGGUCGGAGCAUUUAUUAACUCAACCUAUAACAUAACUAAAGAAGAGAAAGAUGAAGAUUGAUUUUGGGUAGGGGUUGAAGAACACACCAAAAUCGCCUUAUGCGAAACAAGAAAUCGCUGUAUGCAAAACAAAAAUUCGCCGUAUGUAAAACAUAAAUUCGCCUAAAUGCGAAACAAAAAUCGAUCCCUGGAAUCGAGGAUAUUUUACAUACAAAAGAACUUAAUCAACAUCUUCCUCUGAAAAAUAGAGGUUUGGUAAGAGGAAAAAGUUGAGAGAGAACUUCAAGAUUCAUACCGGUAGAUACAAAUUUAUAAACGAAAACAUAUAUGAAAACAUAUGUGUUCAGAGAGAGAUAGGAAAUAAAAAAUACAUAUACGUUCAAAAAUAUAUCUUUUCGAAAAGAAAACAACGUUUAUAAUUUAUAAACGAAAUAUCAGUUUUAUGUGUGUUUAAUUCAACCAAACCAAGUAAAGUACCCAACCCACGUCUAUUUGGAUAAACAGUAUUAAAAAAAAAUUGCCAAUAUUUUUCCACAAGAAGAUAGACUAAAAGGUACUUACGAAGCUUCUGGCUUCAGAUCAUUUUUAAUAAGGAAAACCAAAAUAGUAUAAUUACUUACCAAAGACGCGAAUGGCUGGCGGGUGCGAGUGAUUAAAUACGAUUAGAGAGAGAGAGAGAAAAGCUUGAAACUUUGACGAUUUCGACAUCUAAAAGGAGAUUGUAAUUGACCGCAAGAAAGAAGAUUCCUCGGCAAGAAUCUUUCAUGACGACCAGUUUCGCAUUCACCGGUGAUGAUGACUCUUCAAAGCAACUCGUCUUGCUUGCAUCCGUUUGUUCCGGCAUGCUCAUGUGCAAAAUCGUUUAUGACUUGACUGGUUUCAUAAGUCCUUUGCUCUUCAGUGCUUAUGGGAAACUCGACAGCAAAGUUAGAAUGGAAUGGAACAACAGGGGAUUCUCAACGUUCCAUGCUGUUUUUGUGUCUGUGGCUUCAAUCUAUCUCCUGGUGAUUUCAGAUCAGUUUGAUGAGAGUGUUCAUGGUGAUUUAGUCAUCAAUAGUACAACGAGGCUAUCGGAAUCUGUAAUGGGGAUCUCCUUAGGCUAUUUUGUAGCAGACUUAAUGAUGAUCUUUUGGCAUUUUCCUACUCUUGGUGGUGUUGAAUAUGUUUUCCAUCACUGCUUAUCAAUGUUCUCCAUUAUUCUUUCUGUCACAAGUGGACAAGCACAGUUCUACAUAUUCAUGGUUCUCUUAUCGGAGGCCACUACCCCGUUUGUCAACCUACGGUGGUACUUGGAUGCUAGUGGUCAAAAAGGCUCCAAGGCUUACACACUCAAUGGAAUUGCCCUUUUCUUGGGUUGGCUGGUGGCGAGGAUCCUUUUGUUUAUCUACUUCUUUGUACACAUGUACUCCCAUUUCCAUCAGGUGAAGCAAGUGUUUCCACUGGGAUUUUACAGCCUUCUUGCGGUAGGACCGGUCCUGUCAACGAUGAAUCUUCUUUGGUUCUGGAAGAUCACCAAAGGAUUAAUCAAAACAAUCUCCAAGGCGACCGGGAAGAAAAAACAGUGAUGGUCUCUGCUUGACAUGAAAAUGGAUUUGGAUUGCAUUCACUUUGAUCUGUUCAUGAAAAAAGAUUGAUUGAUAUCAUGUUGUGCCUUUUCUAUGGAAAUUGUAUAUUCACAACCUUCAGCUAUUUCUUAGUUAUUCAACUUGUAAAGUUUUAAGCAGAAUCAGAGUUUCAGGUCACUCAGAUUUUAUUGAUGCUAGUUUUAUCA